AUGGAUUUGGUAGGACCCACCAUGAACCGGUUGGUCGGAGAUUACAUACUGGGUCCUCGAAUCGGGUCGGGUUCAUUUGCAGUGGUGUGGCGUUCCCGUCAUAGAAAUUCAGGUUUGGAGGUUGCCAUCAAGGAGAUUGAUCAGGCACAAUUGAGUCCCAAAGUUAGAGAUAAUCUCAUCAAAGAGAUUACUAUUCUAAGAACUAUUCAUCACCCUAACAUCAUUCGACUUUUUGAAGCUAUUGAGACCAAUGAUAGGAUUUACCUUGUUUUGGAGUAUUGUGGUGGAGGGGACCUUGCUGCUUACAUACAUCGCUAUGGGAGAGUUUCGGAAUCCAUUGCGAAACAUUUCAUGAGGCAAUUGGCUGCUGGGUUGCAAGUGCUUCAAGAAAAGAACCUCAUACAUAGAGAUUUAAAACCACAGAACUUACUGUUGGAAACUACUUCAGCUACACCACUUAUGAAAAUCGGGGAUUUUGGUUUUGCAAGGUCUCUCACACCGCUGCAGUUGGCAGAUACACUAUGUGGUUCACCUUAUUACAUGGCUCCCGAGAUAAUUCAGAGUCAGAAAUACGAUGCCAAGGCUGAUUUAUGGAGUGUUGGAGCAAUAUUGUAUCAGCUAGUGGUCGGGAAACCGCCAUUUGAUGGAAAUAGUCAAUUGCAGCUUUUUCAAAAUAUUUUGGCAUCUACUGAACUGCACUUUCCACCAAAGAUUUUAAAAGAGCUGCAUCUCGAUUGUGUGGAUCUUUGCAGAAGCCUUUUACGUCGAAAUCCAGAUGAGAGAUUAACAUUCAAGGCAUUCUUCAAUCACAAAUUCCUACAUGAUAAGAGGUCCGUUGUGAAUAUUGAGCAGUUUCAUUCACAUCAAUCAGAAAGCUCAAUGGUUAAUCAAUUAGUUGACUCUGCGCUUGAGUUGUCUCAAGCACAUUCCGAGUAUCAUGUUGAGAAAGUUUCUCAUUUAAUGGAGUCCAUUGAGAAAGGUUAUGUCCUCAUCAAUCCUCAUUUUGCAUCAUUGGAGGAUUUCUCUGACUACUUUGAGGCAUCCGCGCAUGAAAAUCCCUCGAGCGAGGUUUCUAUCCGUGCUUCAAAGACGACUAACCUAGAAAUCGAAAAGCAAACAAUGAACUUUUCUUUAGGGCACCCUUCAAACAAGUUAAAGUUGUUGCAUGAGUAUGUGCAAGUCCUCGGAGAACUUUCACAAGAAAAGUAUAAUACAGGACUGUACCUAGAAUCACUUGCAGUUGAGUUGGUGGUUUUGGCUAUAUGGAAGAAAGCUCUAGACAUUUGUAGCACUUGGUUAGCCCCGAUUUCUAAGAACGAGUUGCACGGAAGCAGUUCAGUUAAUGAGUCUGUAAUUGCCCGUGGAGACACGGGCUUAUCACAAACUAUCGAUCAUAAAAUAAAUUUCAACGACCGUCCUUCCGUCUCCUUAUGGGUCAAACAUGGAUUUAUCAUCGCAGUCGAUCGCGCUGAGAAACUAUCAUAUCAUAUUCAAAACAUGGAUGGUGCAGUUGAGAUGCCAGAUGCAAUCGAGAUUAUAUUCAGACAAGCACUCUUAGUCGGGACAAAUGGUGCUGUAGAUGAGUACAUGAAUAACAAAGAUAAGUCUGCUGCAACUUACUCAAAAGCAAUUCUUCUACUUUCAUUCAUUGUGGGAGAAGCAGAGAAUCUUCCACUGAACCCUCCAUUUUCACUUCUUUCUAACGAUCAUAAGCGAAUCGAGCAAUAUAUUCACAACUUGCAGUAUCGCAAGAUAUCUGUAUCAGACUCAUCUGCAGAGGAAGCUCAAUAG